GCCAAUGAAGACAAUCGUAUUUUUCCUUGAUUGAUUGAUUGAUUGGCCAAUGUCUUCACUUUACAAGAGCGAUGUAGUUAUUGGCAAAAUGGUCAAUAUAUUUAUGAGAGAUGGCGAAAAAGGUGUGUCACUCAAGCUGAUAGAUGAAGCUUUUAGAGAGUUGAAGGUGAAACACGGAGUUAAGGAUCCACUAUCCCUCGUUCAUCGAGCUGUAGAUAUUGCCAAACCGUUGGUGGCGUUGAUACCGCACUAUCCCCACGGAAAAAAGGUGGCAGUGCCCAUUCCUUUGAAGCCAGAACAACAACUAGGCAAGGCCCUUCGUUUCAUCAAGCAAGCUGUUGCAGAUAGAAAAGAGCACUAUGGACAUGUGAGGUUGGCUAAUGAGCUAUUAGAAUUGUCAAAGGGAGCAGGAGGAGCAAAGAAGAGAAGAGACGAUUUACAUAGAUUGGCUGAACAGAAUAGAGCUUAUGCACACUUUCGUUGGCGAUAAAGCAUUCCUCUGCUUGUGUGCUUUAGAAAAUUUGGGUUAUUAGCGGAUAUUUAAGUAUCCCCCUUUUCUUUCCAAUCGUGACGUUCAUCAUGUGUUACUACUACCUUCCCAACCCCUAUUCAAAGAAUAUAUUAGCCUAUUUGUAAACAAUUUUUGUAGAGAAGAAUAGACUGUCUGUAUAUCG